AUGGGUGAACUUCCAAUAUUUACUUGUCAAGCUCAUGUGUUUACAAUCAAUCCUCAAACAAAGAAAUCAUGGAUCCCUUCAAGCAAUAAAGCAGUUGAUGUUAACUUCUUUUAUGAUUCCAACAAGCACUGCUACCGUAUUAUCAGUGUUGAAGAUUCUUCUGGUUCGAAAAAGGUGAUCAUCAAUAGUACAUUGACAGAGAAGAUGACUUUCAAAAAACUUCCCAAAAAUUUGGACAAUGGGCUGAUUCGAAAACCGGUGGUGUACACGGUUUAG